CUCGCAAAUUAUUUCUCCUCCUUCGCGACUUUCUGUGUCAAAUUGUAGUUGAAAUAGUCGGUAUUUUGGGAUGAAAAUGUGUUUCCAUCGAUUUCAAUCGUUUCAAUGACGUAUAUGGACAAACAGAAGUGAAAGGUUUUCUUCUUGAAGCGAAGAGAACACAGUUUUCUCAAAAAUCAAAGCGGAAUAUGUAAUGAGGGAUAAUUCAUGAAUCAUGGCGGAUUGGGUUGAAUAUUUCUCUCGACACACACCUCCUGGAAACCUGAAAGAAGUGAGGGCAUCUGUCUGUGAAUUUGCAGGUAAACAUCGGGCAGCUGGAAAAGAAAUAGUGUUUGUGACGUCUGGAGGCACUCGUGUACCACUGGAGGAAAAUGCUGUUCGUUUUCUUGAUAACUUCAGCAUGGGAACCAGAGGAUCUGCUUCUGCUGAGUAUUUUCUAGAGCAAGGUUAUGCUGUGGUAUUUCUACACAGGCAGGGAUCAUUACGGCCUUUCACAAGGCACUACCCAACUGAAGAUGUUCUUGAUCUGUUACAACUCAAAGACAUGCCUGAUGGAUCUACUCAAGUUCAAGUGAAUGCAAGCAAAGUGCCAAAAUUGACCCAAGUUCUGAAAAUUUACAGACAGGUACAAACUGCUGGCACAUUGUUGUUGAUUGAGUACAAUAGUUUGUCAGAGUACUUGUUUCUUUUGAGGAGUGUGGCUGAGUCUCUAGCUCCUCAUGGACCUGCAGUUAUGAUGUACUUAGCAGCUGCAGUCUCUGACUUUUACAUCCCUCCUCAAGAUUUACCAAAACACAAGAUUCAAUCAAAUGCUCCUCUGCAGCUUAACUUGGUGCAGUCCCCUAAAAUGAUGGCACCUCUUGUGAAAGAAUGGAUACCACAGGCAUUUACUGUCUCAUUUAAGUUGGAGACCGACAUGAACAUUAUCUCUAAGAAGGCACGCGAGGCUUUAGCCAAGUACUCACAUCAGGUGGUGGUAUCAAACAUCCUACAAACUCGCAAGAAGACAGUUGUGAUGAUCACUCCUACUCAAGAGACAGCUAUAUGGAUGUCAGAUUCUGAAUUAGAGGCUGGUAGAGAAAUUGAGGAAAAGAUUGUUGCUGAUCUUAAGAAAAUGCACCAGCACUUCUAUACUUCUGUUGUGAUGCAAGGUAACACAAGGUCAGUUAUGGGCUCUGAACAACUUUGUCAGAAUACCAACCAGUCGAUACAGUCGAGUAUGCAGGUGGGCCAUUUUGUCACAAGCCAGAUACAAGCUCUUCCUGUUUCUCAAAAUGGAGGUGUAAUUUCUGGGUACUCGACUUACACUAUUCCAACCUCCUCACUUACUCUUCCGGCACCGGUGGUUACACAAAUUCAAGUGGUGAAAGCCCAGGAACCACCUCCUUCACAAGAAGUGAGCCAGACAUCAGUUGAGGAGUUGUCAGAUUCACCAAAUUCCUCAGCACAGAUCUUUGGCACGCUAUCUGAUAGUUGCUUAACAGCUGACAUGAAAGCCUUCAUUGAGUCCUUCCGGGCACGGCGGAUUGCUCUGGGAUACACUCAGGAAGAUGUGGGUAAUGAGCUGUCCCACAGCAAUGGACAUUCCUCUUACAGUCAGUCAUUUAUUUCAAGAUUUGAAUCUAAAAACCUUGGUCUGAAGGCUGCAGAAAAAAUGAAGCCAGUUUUGCAAGGCUGGAUUGAGCAAAAAGAACAGGAGUGUGCCAAAGGGUUGAGAAUGUGCAAGAAGCGCAAAAGAAGAACUUCUUUCUCAAAUGAAACUCUUCAGUAUUUGAUUCAUGCAUUUGAACAGAAUCCAAAGCCUAGCAGUGCAGAAAUUAUUGAAAUUUCCUCUAAGUUGGGCCUUGAGCCAGUUACUGUUAGAGUCUGGUUCUGCAACCGAAAGCAAAUGAUGAAGCGAAUGGCCUCUGGAAAAGGCCGCCCUAAUCUCUCACUUAAAGCAGAGCUUGAUGCUAAGAAACAAGAAGACCAGAGCAUUGAGAAAGAACCAACAAAACUAGAUUUUACCAACAUGCCAGUUGGUCAGUUCUCUUUCACAGAAGACCGCGUAAAAGCCUUGGUGUGUUUGACUUCUGAGGGAAGCCCAGUGAAAAGUUCUCGCCCUACAGUUUCUACUACUGAUGUGAGCUUUGCCCAAGUGCAUGAUAAUAGUAUUGUUCAUUCAGUGUCUGGAACACGGAACACUGUACCAGAAAACACACAACUCAUUGAGCCAGCACUAAUCAGUAAUGGAGUAGCCACAUAUGAGACAGUCUCUAAUGUACCUUUGACUGAAUCUCAAAGUUGAAUGAGACACUCAAUUCUUGACUUGAAACAGUUUAAGUCUGACAAGUCUGCUGGUUUUUUAUGAUAGGGUGCAGUAAAAACACACUAGUUAGUUAAAGUGACUUGAAGACAACCCUUUGCAGGGAACCAAGGUGUUCGCUGUUUUAGAAGCUGUAGAUCAGUGGAAAACAAGUUUGCUCAUAUCCUUAAAUAGAUGUAUAUUCUUAAUUUUCUAUGACCCAAGAAUUAAAAAAAUUGUUGCUGUAUUUGUUUCAUGACCAAGUUUGUGGGAGAAAGUGUCCAGUGUCUACUGUAAGGUUCACCCAGGAAUGAUGCAUUUCUUGCUCUCAACAUGUACAGCUUCAUAUUUCUGAAGUAGAUCUUGGCUAGUAUUUGCUAACCUCGUGGGAACUUCGAAUUCUCUUUGGAUCUUUCUAAUUUAUUCUAAUUGGCUAUUUUUGAUUAAUUUGGUGUAGGUCUCUUUACAUUUUAACGAUACCUUUUGGGAAGUAAGUGUAAUUUGUUCUUAAUAUAGCUGUUUUAGCUUUGGCAGGUAAUCAUUCAUCUAAGAUCUGGAUAAACAUUUACUUAGGAAGAAGUCCUUUCCGAGGUUCAAGUAGAUGCAUGCAAUUCAGUAUAAGUUUUAAUCAGCCAGAUAGAUAUAAUUUGAAAGCCAUUCAUUUCACACCUUGAUUAUGUACAUGUAGAUUUAAUUGUCCACAUGUAGUUAUUGGAAUUCUAACUGUUACAUUGUCUUGUCAGUUCCUUUUUAAAUUCAUGUGGUUGUUUGCCUGUCACCUGUUUACUAUUCCCAAGGUGUUGCCAGAGGCCAGGUUCUCGUGUACUUCAAAGAAAUGAAAUUGUAGAAAAUGUGAUCAAAUUACUUUUUAACUCUAAAGAUCUGAUGGUCAAUUCUCUCCUCUAGCUGUCACAACUCUGUUAGAUGAAGAUAACUUUUGACUGAUAAUUUUGUGAAUUACCAUUACCUGUUUGGUGGAUAAUGUAUGGAUAUUAUAAGGAGAAGUUACUUGACAAUCACUUCUGGAAGUUAAAGGGUUAAUUAAGUAUUGAGACAAGUUGUAAAGUAGCUGGUAAUCAAUUAUGCUUUAAAAGUCUCAUUUCACUUGUGAUUCUUUGUAGAAACUACUUCCACAAGUAGAACAAAAUAUUGAAAAUAAGUGCUGGUAGCUUAUUGUGUAGAGAAUCAAUUUAAAUGAUUUUUUUGAAUGGAAUUUAUGUUCCAGAGAUAUGGGAGAAUUAUUUUGUAAUUCUCACCUGAUUUUGUUGUGCUUCAAGCACCAUAGGUUUGCUGGUCAGGAUGAGAUUGGUUAGUCAUUGUAAUUAUUAAAUAAGUUGCUAACUAAGUAUAGAGCUGAAGCAGUAAAAUUUAAGUCUUGUUACGCAAAAUUUAAUUCUAAUAGUUUUCCAGCUAGGUAUUAAUAGAAGUUGAUAAUUAACAGCAUAUCAGCAUGUUGCCUUUUUAUUCCAAUGGUCAAUUACAACGUGCCUGAUGAGCAGUAAUAAUUAUUGUUAUGAUGUAGAGGUAUGCUUUUUGUAACACCAGGAAAGCUUGAGUUAAAAUAAAGGUUUUAA